GUGAUAGGAAGGGAAAGAGCAUCAUAGAUGUCUUCGGCAGAGAUACAAUCUCUCUCUCUCUCACACACACACACACAGAGAGAUUCUGCCAGGGCUGUGCAAAAGGGAACUCAUGAGAAAGACAUUCCAUGCAGUGAGGUGUGAAUGAUCCAUGAAGAGGUUAAAUGCUGGGUGGAGCCCUUCUGCCCAGCCCUGUAAAAUGAUAAUCCCAUGCCUGGUGGGAGCAGCGUGUGCAAGGGGCACGUUUCAGAGAGUUUCCUUCACCUGAAGAAAGGAGAGGAGGUGAUUCUGAGCCAGGUAUAUUGCAGUGGUGCUGAGCAACUGUAGACUUUACAGAUGGCUACAAUCAAUGUACUGCAUGUUGUUGCGGUGGCCAGCUCCCUCAUCAGCCUCUUGAUCCUCCUCAUUGCUUUGGGCUCAGACUACUGGGCAACAGCUGGUGCAUUCAGCCAGGGCUUAUGGAAUAUUUGCGAUGGCACGACAUGUGUAAAGUUGCAGGUGUCUUCAGUGGCACUGAACACUGUCCGAGCAUUCGUGCUGUUGGCAAUGAUCACUAGUGUCGUCGCCUGUUGCUGUCUGUGUGCCGGAUUCUGGCUGAAGCAAGUGGGAUCCGUCUCUAUGGCCAUGAUGGCAGCCACAGCCAACGUUGUUGCAGGUCUUUUUACUAUGAUUGGCAUGUCUGUUUUCACUGGGAGGUCUGAGCAGUCUGUAUUCUUUGGAUGGUCUUUUGGGUUUGGUUGGUCAUGUUUUCCUCUCUUCCUUAUAUGUGGUGGCAUUGCUUACACAUUAAAAAUGGACACGUCAGCAUGAGCAGUGGGAAAAGAAGUCACUGCCUUCUAAGAUGGCAUCCGGUGCUGUAUGUGAAGGCAGAAAUGGGGUUAUAGAAAAGCACAGUGUGAACUUGGGAAGAUAUUCCUUUACCUGAUUAUGAGGGCAGAGGAGUGGGCUCAGUUCAGAAUGAGGAGUCCAGUAAUACUCCCAGACAUCCUGGUCUUGUUGUCACUGCUAAUUUAAUCUGUUUUAUUCCCUCAUGUACAACAAGGGUUGGGGAUGUGUCACCUCCAGAAAUAAUCGGACUACAGUUCCCAUCAGCCCUUGCUAUUAUAGCCAGUGGUGAGGGGUGUUGUAGUCCAGCCAUAUCUAGAGGU